AUGAGAGUAACAUCUAAUGUCAUCUAUUCAAAUGAUGAGCAGCAUGGUUUCUGUAAAAGGAAGAGGAAAAUCUUUCUUGUGUUCAUCAUCAUCAUCAUCUUCAUCAUCAUCGUCAACUUCAUGCAUUCUGUUCACUUUACUGUUGCUGAUGCAAAUGGAGAACUAUUUUUGAAAGUUUUAGAUUUUCAAUGUCUUUGA